GAAGGACCCGUGGACGAGAUCAUUCGGCCACGCCCACAGGGGUCCUCACCUGUGUAUGAAUACGCCGCUGAGGGUGCCAGCUUUGGACUCCCGGACACACCAAGCAGGCGGGCUUCCUCGGGCUCUGGAGGACGGAGAUCCUGGUGGAAGCGAGACUCAGGGGACUCACGGACGUUCUCCAGGAUGAGUCGUAGGCAGGAGGCAACAGAGGUGACGCUGCAGACCGAGGUGGAAGCUGGGGCCAGCGGCUACAGCGUCACAGGUGGCGGGGACCAGGGCAUUUUUGUUAAGCAAGUGCUGAAGGACUCCUCAGCUGCCAAGCUCUUCAGCCUAAGAGAAGGCGAUCAGCUGCUCAGCGCGACCAUAUUCUUUGACAACAUUAAAUAUGAAGACGCUCUCAAAAUUCUCCAGUACUCAGAGCCCUACAAGGUUCAGUUCCAAAUCAAACGGAAACAUCCUGCCGCAGAGGACGAGGAAGGGGCCUCGAGCGGGGCUCAGCUUGGCCCGGAGGGCAGCGAGGGGCAGGACAAAGAUGUUGCCGAUGGGUGCAGAGAGACCCCCCCGCAGACCCUGGAGGGGAGCGGAGACCGGGAGAGACUGCUCGCCAAGCCCAGGGAGGGCAGAGGCAGGCGUCCCCAGAAGGAGAGGCUCUCCUGGCCCAAAUUCCAAUCAAUAACGAGCAAGCGCAGGCCAGGCCCGCGGAGGUCACACAGCUCCUCCGAGGCCUAUGGGCGGGGAGGUGCCCCCGAAGUGUCCCCCACAAGCACAGACACGGAGGCACAGCUGCCAGCAGAGGAGCAGGAGCACAAGGCAGACCCCGACGACCAGCGGAGGAGGAGCUUCCUGAACCUGAGAUUCAGGGUGCGCUCAGGGAAGGCUCCCACGCUGGAGGGGCGACCGGGCACGGCAGGCCAAGUCGGACCACUCGCGGCCGGCGCUGUGGAGGAGGCUGGAUCCCACGAGGACAGCCAAAAGGCCAGUGAGGCCACCAUGGACAGCAGGAGAGAGGACAAGACGGCAGAGGUGCCAGAGGGGCCACUGGCUCUGCCCAGCCAGGGAGCCCUGGGGGAAGGCGCGAGCGAGGCAUCCAGGCACCGGAGGAAGACAAAGGAGGCGAAGGACCAGGAGGACGCUGUGUCCGAAGGAAGGCCGGGGCCGGGCUCAGCCCCACGACAAGGUGGGGUACACCACGGCAUAGAAAUUGGGAUUGCCAGAUCGGCUCUGCAGAGCAAAGGAGACACACAGGGCCGCCAACCAGAAUUCCAAAUCCAAAUCCCCACCACCUUAAAAACACCGCGGUUUAAAUUUGCCAAGGAAAGAAUACAAGAUACAGAGGAUGCCACAGCAGUGCAGGGACAGGUGCACGGGCAGGCAGGGACCCUGGCAGAGAAGGCCCUCUUCACAGAGGAGGGGCGGCAGGAACCCGAGGCACCUGCACCCAGGAGACCCUCAGUACACCUGCUAGAACAAGAGGGAGGAGCUGAGGGAGCCGCAGCAGCUCACGGGGAUGGACACCAGAAAGAAGGAGAAAAGGACAGAGAUGGGAAGGAGGACCGGACUACAACGCUCAGGUUCAAAAUUCCCUCUUUUGGGUGGUCACCCAGGAAGGAUGGGAAACCAGCAGGAGAAAAACCAGAGCUGGAACUGGACGGAAAAGGAAGAAGCACCAUUACAGUGUCCACGCUGCACACUGAGGAAAGAACAACACGGAUAGAGGAUGAGGAAAGAAAACCUGACACCCCAGGGAUACACCCAACAGUGGGUGAGGACCUAAGAUCCGACGGACAAAGGAAGCAGGCCGACCUGUCCCUGGGAGACAAGGGGGUGGCCGCCAGAGACAGCAAGUUCAAACUGCCAAAGUUCAAGAUGCCGUCCUUUGGCGCGUCGACGCCGAGCAAGUCCUUGGAGGCGUCCGUGGACGUGUCCGUGCCCAAGAUCCAGGCCGAAGUGUCCGUGCCCUCCGUAGAGGCCGACGUCAAGACCACUGAUGUGACCGUUGAGCUCCCACCUGCCGACCUAGAGCUCACAACCCCCGCGGCGGGCCUGAAGCUCCCUGAGGGCCAAGUGCCCGAGGGGGAGCCCCAGGAGCCCUCGGCCGCAGCCGGACUCAAGGGCCACCUGCCCAAGGUACAGAUGCCCAGCCUCAAGAUGCCCAAAGUGGACAUCAAGGCGCCGCAGGUGGACAUCAAGGCGCCCAAACUGGACCUGAAGGGCCCCAAAGCCGAGGUGAGCGGCCCCGACGUGGACGUGACCCUGCCCAGCGUGGAGGUGGACACCCAGGUGCCCGGCGCCAAGCUGGAGGCCGACCUGUCCCUGGGAGACAAGGGGGUGGCCGCCAGAGACAGCAAGUUCAAAAUGCCAAAGUUCAAGAUGCCGUCCUUUGGCGCGUCGACGCCGAGCAAGGAUUUGGGAACUUCCGUGGACGUGUCCGUGCCCAAGGUCGGAGUGGAGGCCACCCUGCCCUCCGUGGGAGGGGAGAUGCGAGCUCCCGAGGCUGCCGUCCAACUGCCCACUGCCGAUGUGGACCUCCCUGGGGGAGAGCUGGAGGUGUCCCUGCCCGAGGGAGAGGUGUCUGUGUCCGGGCUCAAGGGCAAAGCAGAAGGAGUCAAGAUCAAGGGACAGCUGCCCAAGGUCCACAUGCCCAGCCUCAAGAUGCCCAAAGUGGACAUCACGGCCCCGCAGGUGGACAUCAAGGCGCCCCAGGUGGACAUCAAGGCGCCGCAGGUGGACAUCAAGGCGCCCAAACUGGACGUGAAGGGCCCCAAAGCCGAGGUGAGCGCCCCCGACGUGGACGUGUCCCUGCCCAGCGUGGAGGUGGACACCCAGGUGCCCGGCGCCAAGCUGGAGGCCGACCUGUCCCUGGGAGACAAGGGGGUGGCCGCCAGAGACAGCAAGUUCAAAAUGCCAAAGUUCAAGAUGCCGUCCUUUGGCGCGUCGACGCCGAGCAAGUCCUUGGAGGCGUCCGUGGACGUGUCCGUGCCCAAGAUCCAGGCCGAAGUGUCCGUGCCCUCCGUAGAGGCCGACGUCAAGACCACUGAUGUGACCGUUGAGCUCCCACCUGCCGACCUAGAGCUCACAACCCCCGCGGCGGGCCUGAAGCUCCCUGAGGGCCAAGUGCCCGAGGGGGAGCCCCAGGAGCCCUCGGCCGCAGCCGGACUCAAGGGCCACCUGCCCAAGGUACAGAUGCCCAGCCUCAAGAUGCCCAAAGUGGACAUCAAGGCGCCGCAGGUGGACAUCAAGGCGCCCAAACUGGACCUGAAGGGCCCCAAAGCCGAGGUGAGCGGCCCCGACGUGGACGUGACCCUGCCCAGCGUGGAGGUGGACACCCAGGUGCCCGGCGCCAAGCUGGAGGCCGACCUGUCCCUGGGAGACAAGGGGGUGGCCGCCAGAGACAGCAAGUUCAAAAUGCCAAAGUUCAAGAUGCCGUCCUUUGGCGCGUCGACGCCGAGCAAGGAUUUGGGAACUUCCGUGGACGUGUCCGUGCCCAAGGUCGGAGUGGAGGCCACCCUGCCCUCCGUGGGAGGGGAGAUGCGAGCUCCCGAGGCUGCCGUCCAACUGCCCACUGCCGAUGUGGACCUCCCUGGGGGAGAGCUGGAGGUGUCCCUGCCCGAGGGAGAGGUGUCUGUGUCCGGGCUCAAGGGCAAAGCAGAAGGAGUCAAGAUCAAGGGACAGCUGCCCAAGGUCCACAUGCCCAGCCUCAAGAUGCCCAAAGUGGACAUCACGGCCCCGCAGGUGGACAUCAAGACGCCCCAGGUGGACAUCAAGGCGCCGCAGGUGGACAUCAAGGCGCCCAAACUGGACGUGAAGGGCCCCAAAGCCGAGGUGAGCGCCCCCGACGUGGACGUGACCCUGCCCAGCGUGGAGGUGGACACCCAGGUGCCCGGCGCCAAGCUGGAGGCCGACCUGUCCCUGGGAGACAAGGGGGUGGCCGCCAGAGACAGCAAGUUCAAAAUGCCAAAGUUCAAGAUGCCGUCCUUUGGCGCGUCGACGCCGAGCAAGUCCUUGGAGGCGUCCGUGGACGUGUCCGUGCCCAAGAUCCAGGCUGAAGUGUCCGUGCCCUCCGUAGAGGCCGACGUCAAGACCACUGAUGUGACCGUUGAGCUCCCACCUGCCGACCUAGAGCUCACAACCCCCGCGGCGGGCCUGAAGCUCCCUGAGGGCCAAGUGCCCGAGGGGGAGCCCCAGGAGCCCUCGGCCGCAGCCGGACUCAAGGGCCACCUGCCCAAGGUACAGAUGCCCAGCCUCAAGAUGCCCAAAGUGGACAUCAAGGCGCCGCAGGUGGACAUCAAGGCGCCCAAACUGGACCUGAAGGGCCCCAAAGCCGAGGUGAGCGGCCCCGACGUGGACGUGACCCUGCCCAGCGUGGAGGUGGACACCCAGGUGCCCGGCGCCAAGCUGGAGGCCGACCUGUCCCUGGGAGACAAGGGGGUGGCCGCCAGAGACAGCAAGUUCAAAAUGCCAAAGUUCAAGAUGCCGUCCUUUGGCGCGUCGACGCCGAGCAAGGAUUUGGGAACUUCCGUGGACGUGUCCGUGCCCAAGGUCGGAGUGGAGGCCACCCUGCCCUCCGUGGGAGGGGAGAUGCGAGCUCCCGAGGCUGCCGUCCAACUGCCCACUGCCGAUGUGGACCUCCCUGGGGGAGAGCUGGAGGUGUCCCUGCCCGAGGGAGAGGUGUCUGUGUCCGGGCUCAAGGGCAAAGCAGAAGGAGUCAAGAUCAAGGGACAGCUGCCCAAGGUCCACAUGCCCAGCCUCAAGAUGCCCAAAGUGGACAUCACGGCCCCGCAGGUGGACAUCAAGACGCCCCAGGUGGACAUCAAGGCGCCGCAGGUGGACAUCAAGGCGCCCAAACUGGACGUGAAGGGCCCCAAAGCCGAGGUGAGCGCCCCCGACGUGGACGUGACCCUGCCCAGCGUGGAGGUGGACACCCAGGUGCCCGGCGCCAAGCUGGAGGCCGACCUGUCCCUGGGAGACAAGGGGGUGGCCGCCAGAGACAGCAAGUUCAAAAUGCCAAAGUUCAAGAUGCCGUCCUUUGGCGCGUCGACGCCGAGCAAGUCCUUGGAGGCGUCCGUGGACGUGUCCGUGCCCAAGAUCCAGGCCGAAGUGUCCGUGCCCUCCGUAGAGGCCGACGUCAAGACCACUGAUGUGACCGUUGAGCUCCCACCUGCCGACCUAGAGCUCACAACCCCCGCGGCGGGCCUGAAGCUCCCUGAGGGCCAAGUGCCCGAGGGGGAGCCCCAGGAGCCCUCGGCCGCAGCCGGACUCAAGGGCCACCUGCCCAAGGUACAGAUGCCCAGCCUCAAGAUGCCCAAAGUGGACAUCAAGGCGCCGCAGGUGGACAUCAAGGCGCCCAAACUGGACCUGAAGGGCCCCAAAGCCGAGGUGAGCGGCCCCGACGUGGACGUGACCCUGCCCAGCGUGGAGGUGGACACCCAGGUGCCCGGCGCCAAGCUGGAGGCCGACCUGUCCCUGGGAGACAAGGGGGUGGCCGCCAGAGACAGCAAGUUCAAAAUGCCAAAGUUCAAGAUGCCGUCCUUUGGCGCGUCGACGCCGAGCAAGGAUUUGGGAACUUCCGUGGACGUGUCCGUGCCCAAGGUCGGAGUGGAGGCCACCCUGCCCUCCGUGGGAGGGGAGAUGCGAGCUCCCGAGGCUGCCGUCCAACUGCCCACUGCCGAUGUGGACCUCCCUGGGGGAGAGCUGGAGGUGUCCCUGCCCGAGGGAGAGGUGUCUGUGUCCGGGCUCAAGGGCAAAGCAGAAGGAGUCAAGAUCAAGGGACAGCUGCCCAAGGUCCACAUGCCCAGCCUCAAGAUGCCCAAAGUGGACAUCACGGCCCCGCAGGUGGACAUCAAGACGCCCCAGGUGGACAUCAAGGCGCCGCAGGUGGACAUCAAGGCGCCCAAACUGGACGUGAAGGGCCCCAAAGCCGAGGUGAGCGCCCCCGACGUGGACGUGACCCUGCCCAGCGUGGAGGUGGACACCCAGGUGCCCGGCGCCAAGCUGGAGGCCGACCUGUCCCUGGGAGACAAGGGGGUGGCCGCCAGAGACAGCAAGUUCAAAAUGCCAAAGUUCAAGAUGCCGUCCUUUGGCGCGUCGACGCCGAGCAAGUCCUUGGAGGCGUCCGUGGACGUGUCCGUGCCCAAGAUCCAGGCCGAAGUGUCCGUGCCCUCCGUAGAGGCCGACGUCAAGACCACUGAUGUGACCGUUGAGCUCCCACCUGCCGACCUAGAGCUCACAACCCCCGCGGCGGGCCUGAAGCUCCCUGAGGGCCAAGUGCCCGAGGGGGAGCCCCAGGAGCCCUCGGCCGCAGCCGGACUCAAGGGCCACCUGCCCAAGGUACAGAUGCCCAGCCUCAAGAUGCCCAAAGUGGACAUCAAGGCGCCGCAGGUGGACAUCAAGGCGCCCAAACUGGACCUGAAGGGCCCCAAAGCCGAGGUGAGCGGCCCCGACGUGGACGUGACCCUGCCCAGCGUGGAGGUGGACACCCAGGUGCCCGGCGCCAAGCUGGAGGCCGACCUGUCCCUGGGAGACAAGGGGGUGGCCGCCAGAGACAGCAAGUUCAAAAUGCCAAAGUUCAAGAUGCCGUCCUUUGGCGCGUCGACGCCGAGCAAGGAUUUGGGAACUUCCGUGGACGUGUCCGUGCCCAAGGUCGGAGUGGAGGCCACCCUGCCCUCCGUGGGAGGGGAGAUGCGAGCUCCCGAGGCUGCCGUCCAACUGCCCACUGCCGAUGUGGACCUCCCUGGGGGAGAGCUGGAGGUGUCCCUGCCCGAGGGAGAGGUGUCUGUGUCCGGGCUCAAGGGCAAAGCAGAAGGAGUCAAGAUCAAGGGACAGCUGCCCAAGGUCCACAUGCCCAGCCUCAAGAUGCCCAAAGUGGACAUCACGGCCCCGCAGGUGGACAUCAAGGCGCCCCAGGUGGACAUCAAGGCGCCGCAGGUGGACAUCAAGGCGCCCAAACUGGACGUGAAGGGCCCCAAAGCCGAGGUGAGCGCCCCCGACGUGGACGUGACCCUGCCCAGCGUGGAGGUGGACACCCAGGUGCCCGGCGCCAAGCUGGAGGCCGACCUGUCCCUGGGAGACAAGGGGGUGGCCGCCAGAGACAGCAAGUUCAAAAUGCCAAAGUUCAAGAUGCCGUCCUUUGGCGCGUCGACGCCGAGCAAGGAUUUGGGAACUUCCGUGGACGUGUCCGUGCCCAAGGUCGGAGUGGAGGCCACCCUGCCCUCCGUGGGAGGGGAGAUGCGAGCUCCCGAGGCUGCCGUCCAACUGCCCACUGCCGAUGUGGACCUCCCUGGGGGAGAGCUGGAGGUGUCCCUGCCCGAGGGAGAGGUGUCUGUGUCCGGGCUCAAGGGCAAAGCAGAAGGAGUCAAGAUCAAGGGACAGCUGCCCAAGGUCCACAUGCCCAGCCUCAAGAUGCCCAAAGUGGACAUCACGGCCCCGCAGGUGGACAUCAAGGCGCCCCAGGUGGACAUCAAGGCGCCGCAGGUGGACAUCAAGGCGCCCAAACUGGACGUGAAGGGCCCCAAAGCCGAGGUGAGCGCCCCCGACGUGGACGUGACCCUGCCCAGCGUGGAGGUGGACACCCAGGUGCCCGGCGCCAAGCUGGAGGCCGACCUGUCCCUGGGAGACAAGGGGGUGGCCGCCAGAGACAGCAAGUUCAAAAUGCCAAAGUUCAAGAUGCCGUCCUUUGGCGCGUCGACGCCGAGCAAGUCCUUGGAGGCGUCCGUGGACGUGUCCGUGCCCAAGAUCCAGGCCGAAGUGUCCGUGCCCUCCGUAGAGGCCGACGUCAAGACCACUGAUGUGACCGUUGAGCUCCCACCUGCCGACCUAGAGCUCACAACCCCCGCGGCGGGCCUGAAGCUCCCUGAGGGCCAAGUGCCCGAGGGGGAGCCCCAGGAGCCCUCGGCCGCAGCCGGACUCAAGGGCCACCUGCCCAAGGUACAGAUGCCCAGCCUCAAGAUGCCCAAAGUGGACAUCAAGGCGCCGCAGGUGGACAUCAAGGCGCCCAAACUGGACCUGAAGGGCCCCAAAGCCGAGGUGAGCGGCCCCGACGUGGACGUGACCCUGCCCAGCGUGGAGGUGGACACCCAGGUGCCCGGCGCCAAGCUGGAGGCCGACCUGUCCCUGGGAGACAAGGGGGUGGCCGCCAGAGACAGCAAGUUCAAAAUGCCAAAGUUCAAGAUGCCGUCCUUUGGCGCGUCGACGCCGAGCAAGGAUUUGGGAACUUCCGUGGACGUGUCCGUGCCCAAGGUCGGAGUGGAGGCCACCCUGCCCUCCGUGGGAGGGGAGAUGCGAGCUCCCGAGGCUGCCGUCCAACUGCCCACUGCCGAUGUGGACCUCCCUGGGGGAGAGCUGGAGGUGUCCCUGCCCGAGGGAGAGGUGUCUGUGUCCGGGCUCAAGGGCAAAGCAGAAGGAGUCAAGAUCAAGGGACAGCUGCCCAAGGUCCACAUGCCCAGCCUCAAGAUGCCCAAAGUGGACAUCACGGCCCCGCAGGUGGACAUCAAGGCGCCCCAGGUGGACAUCAAGGCGCCCAAACUGGACGUGAAGGGCCCCAAAGCCGAGGUGAGCGCCCCCGACGUGGACGUGACCCUGCCCAGCGUGGAGGUGGACACCCAGGUGCCCGGCACCAAGCUGGAGGCCGACCUGUCCCUGGGAGACAAGGGGGUGGCCGCCAGAGACAGCAAGUUCAAAAUGCCAAAGUUCAAGAUGCCGUCCUUUGGCGCGUCGACGCCGAGCAAGUCCUUGGAGGCGUCCGUGGACGUGUCCGUGCCCAAGAUCCAGGCCGAAGUGUCCGUGCCCUCCGUAGAGGCCGACGUCAAGACCACUGAUGUGACCGUUGAGCUCCCACCUGCCGACCUAGAGCUCACAACCCCCGCGGCGGGCCUGAAGCUCCCUGAGGGCCAAGUGCCCGAGGGGGAGCCCCAGGAGCCCUCGGCCGCAGCCGGACUCAAGGGCCACCUGCCCAAGGUACAGAUGCCCAGCCUCAAGAUGCCCAAAGUGGACAUCAAGGCGCCGCAGGUGGACAUCAAGGCGCCCAAACUGGACCUGAAGGGCCCCAAAGCCGAGGUGAGCGGCCCCGACGUGGACGUGACCCUGCCCAGCGUGGAGGUGGACACCCAGGUGCCCGGCGCCAAGCUGGAGGCCGACCUGUCCCUGGGAGACAAGGGGGUGGCCGCCAGAGACAGCAAGUUCAAAAUGCCAAAGUUCAAGAUGCCGUCCUUUGGCGCGUCGACGCCGAGCAAGGAUUUGGGAACUUCCGUGGACGUGUCCGUGCCCAAGGUCGGAGUGGAGGCCACCCUGCCCUCCGUGGGAGGGGAGAUGCGAGCUCCCGAGGCUGCCGUCCAACUGCCCACUGCCGAUGUGGACCUCCCUGGGGGAGAGCUGGAGGUGUCCCUGCCCGAGGGAGAGGUGUCUGUGUCCGGGCUCAAGGGCAAAGCAGAAGGAGUCAAGAUCAAGGGACAGCUGCCCAAGGUCCACAUGCCCAGCCUCAAGAUGCCCAAAGUGGACAUCACGGCCCCACAGGUGGACAUCAAGGCGCCGCAGGUGGACAUCAAGGCGCCCAAACUGGACGUGAAGGGCCCCAAAGCCGAGGUGAGCGCCCCCGACGUGGACGUGACCCUGCCCAGCGUGGAGGUGGACACCCAGGUGCCCGGCGCCAAGCUGGAGGCCGACCUGUCCCUGGGAGACAAGGGGGUGGCCGCCAGAGACAGCAAGUUCAAAAUGCCAAAGUUCAAGAUGCCGUCCUUUGGCGCGUCGACGCCGAGCAAGUCCUUGGAGGCGUCCGUGGACGUGUCCGUGCCCAAGAUCCAGGCCGAAGUGUCCGUGCCCUCCGUAGAGGCCGACGUCAAGACCACUGAUGUGACCGUUGAGCUCCCACCUGCCGACCUAGAGCUCACAACCCCCGCGGCGGGCCUGAAGCUCCCUGAGGGCCAAGUGCCCGAGGGGGAGCCCCAGGAGCCCUCGGCCGCAGCCGGACUCAAGGGCCACCUGCCCAAGGUACAGAUGCCCAGCCUCAAGAUGCCCAAAGUGGACAUCAAGGCGCCGCAGGUGGACAUCAAGGCGCCCAAACUGGACCUGAAGGGCCCCAAAGCCGAGGUGAGCGGCCCCGACGUGGACGUGACCCUGCCCAGCGUGGAGGUGGACACCCAGGUGCCCGGCGCCAAGCUGGAGGCCGACCUGUCCCUGGGAGACAAGGGGGUGGCCGCCAGAGACAGCAAGUUCAAAAUGCCAAAGUUCAAGAUGCCGUCCUUUGGCGCGUCGACGCCGAGCAAGGAUUUGGGAACUUCCGUGGACGUGUCCGUGCCCAAGGUCGGAGUGGAGGCCACCCUGCCCUCCGUGGGAGGGGAGAUGCGAGCUCCCGAGGCUGCCGUCCAACUGCCCACUGCCGAUGUGGACCUCCCUGGGGGAGAGCUGGAGGUGUCCCUGCCCGAGGGAGAGGUGUCUGUGUCCGGGCUCAAGGGCAAAGCAGAAGGAGUCAAGAUCAAGGGACAGCUGCCCAAGGUCCACAUGCCCAGCCUCAAGAUGCCCAAAGUGGACAUCACGGCCCCGCAGGUGGACAUCAAGGCGCCCCAGGUGGACAUCAAGGCGCCGCAGGUGGACAUCAAGGCGCCCAAACUGGACGUGAAGGGCCCCAAAGCCGAGGUGAGCGCCCCCGACGUGGACGUGACCCUGCCCAGCGUGGAGGUGGACACCCAGGUGCCCGGCGCCAAGCUGGAGGCCGACCUGUCCCUGGGAGACAAGGGGGUGGCCGCCAGAGACAGCAAGUUCAAAAUGCCAAAGUUCAAGAUGCCGUCCUUUGGCGCGUCGACGCCGAGCAAGUCCUUGGAGGCGUCCGUGGACGUGUCCGUGCCCAAGAUCCAGGCCGAAGUGUCCGUGCCCUCCGUAGAGGCCGACGUCAAGACCACUGAUGUGACCGUUGAGCUCCCACCUGCCGACCUAGAGCUCACAACCCCCGCGGCGGGCCUGAAGCUCCCUGAGGGCCAAGUGCCCGAGGGGGAGCCCCAGGAGCCCUCGGCCGCAGCCGGACUCAAGGGCCACCUGCCCAAGGUACAGAUGCCCAGCCUCAAGAUGCCCAAAGUGGACAUCAAGGCGCCGCAGGUGGACAUCAAGGCGCCCAAACUGGACCUGAAGGGCCCCAAAGCCGAGGUGAGCGGCCCCGACGUGGACGUGACCCUGCCCAGCGUGGAGGUGGACACCCAGGUGCCCGGCGCCAAGCUGGAGGCCGACCUGUCCCUGGGAGACAAGGGAAUCUCCGUCAGUCAUCAUGAUCAUCACAGUUUCCACGUGGAAAGUGAUAUUUCUUUGUCAGGUGGAAAAAGUGACGAAAAAAGUAAAAGUAAAAAAUCUCUUUUUAAAAUGCCCAAAGUCUUCUCUCCAACUGGUAAAACAGCUAAAAGCUCCAUAACCUCUGUCCGGGAAUCUGAGGUCGAGAUCUCGAGCCUUGCUCCUUGUGAUGGUGUCACUCUUACGAAGUUCCAGGUCACUGUCCCCAGAGGCCCCAUCUCCCCCGAGCUGCCUUGUGAAACCCCGUCUGUGUCUCAAGCGGCAUCUGAGCCGCCCAGCGCGGCCGGUGAUGUUGACCUCACCUGCAGAGAGAGCCUUCUCCUGUCCCAGUCUGAAGGUCCCACGGCCCCAGUGGACACUGCACUUACUGAAUCUUUAGGCAGGGUAACUUUCCCGAAGUUUCAUCGACCGAAGUUCCGGGUGUCACUCCCCAAAUCGGACCCUGGAGGAGUGGAGCCUGGAGGUGCAGAGUUUGCGUCCCCCACGUCUCCUCCCCUCCCUGUGCAGGGGCCGGACUCCUCCUCCACGGAAGCCACGGCGUUCCCAAUGCCAGGCAGCCAAUUGCCACCUGCAGUUGUCUCUGCCGCCACCGCGGGCACCUCAGCAGAGCCCCUCGUGGAAGCCCCAGGUGACAGUACAGAGCGCAAGGGGAGAGGCAGUCCCGUAAAAGCACCAAGGCUGAAGCUCCCCUCUUUCAGCUGGUCCCCAAAGAAGGGGGCGGAGUCCAAAGCCGACCCUGGCGUCAGCGUGGUUAUAGAUGCAGGUGCUCUGGGUGCCCCGCCUGGGGUUCGUGUUCCACCCACAGAAGCGCAUGGGGAUGUGGCUCUUGGGAAGGAGGGAGAGGCUGGAGGGGUGAGAACGCAGGCCCUGGUCCUGCAGACGGUCGCCCCUCCUGGAGUGAAGGCUUCCACGGGAGGGGCCGGCCUGCUACCGGGAGACCCCGACCGGGCCCACACGGCCAGCGGGGAGGGUGGAAUUGGGGGUGCUGGCGCCGCCGCGGGUCCCUCAGAAGGGGCGGACGUGAACCUCCAACUGCCACCGGCCCGUGUUCCCAGUUCUGACCUCAGACCCGGCGGUGCCACAGUGGAGGGGAGCCUGUCUACGGGUGACCUUCCUGUUUCCAAACACGGCCUGUCUUUCGGAGGCAGCGCCAAGGAAUCCGGGCUCGGGGACAGCUCAACAAGCCAGCUUUGUGGGGAGGGGACAGCCCCCUCAGCAGAAGACCCCCUUCUGCUAUCCCCGACAGUGGGGAGCCCGGAGCGGGCCGCGGCCGCAGGAGGGGCGCCAGCGGGGUCCAGGGAGAGCUGGUUUAGGAUGCCCUCGCUCCGCCUGCCUGGCUUCAGACGCCCCUCCAAGGAGAGAGCCGGGUCUGCGGGACUGGGGGCCCAGAGCCCCACAUCUGCUGCCAGCGCUCCAGGGGAAGGAGAGGCACCGGCUGCAGUGCAGGGUCAGGACGACCGUGUACCCGGGUCAGAGGUGGACGCCCCUAAGUCCCCGCAGCCCCUGGAGGCCGGUGCAGACGGGGCGGCUGCUGGCAGCCCGGCUCCCUCCUACUCGGAUGUUCUACAGAGGCACCUGGACCUUCACGCCCCUGCGGCAGGGGUAUUGGCCUCCGAGGCCAGGGUCCGGCCCGGCGCAGGCUCCCUGCCCCUCCAGGUGCACGGGGCACCCGCAGAGCCCUGCGCCCCUCGGGGAGAUGCAGGCCGGCCCCCUGUUCCUGGGCCAGCAGGCCAGGGCCCGGUCAGGGGGGCGGGGGGUGCCGAGGAGCCGCCUUCCCAGCCGGAGGGCCCCCUCAGACUGAGGGCUUCCAGCACCGAUGUGCUGUCUCAGGUCUCCGUGGUCAACGUGGGUCAAGUCUGGGAAGACUCUGUGCUAAGCGUGCAGUUCCCCACCUUAACCGUGCCGCGGUUCAGCUUCCCGGCCCCCGGCUCGGAGGCUGAUGUUUUCGUGCCCAGCCUCAGAGAGCUGCCCUGCGCGCAGAGCGGGCCUGACACGGCCCUGCACGAGCAAGACCCUGGUGUGCGGGCCCCCGGCAGCCUGACAGCCGCCGAGGCCCGAGGCCCCUCGGAGGCCGCCCCCAUCUGCAAGGUCCGGGUGCACAUCCAGGGCGCGGAGGCCGAGAGCCGCCAGGUCACCGUGCACAGCACAGUGACGGCCGUGUACACUGAGCUCUCAGGGCCCGAGGCUUUUCCCACCCAGAUCGUGCGGGAGUCAGAGGUCCCCGCGUCUGAGACCCAAACACCCUCUUAUGGGUUCUCCUUGCUGAAGGGGAGGGUCCCAGAGGCCCCGGCUCGGGCGCGGGUGCACGUGGUGACCGCCGACUCCGGGCCGAGGGGGCGCCUUCCGGAGGCCCCUGAACCAGUGGUCCCGGGAGCUGACCCCGUCUCUGGAGACCUCCAGCCCGACACCGGAGAGCCAUUUGAAAUCAUCUCCACCAGUGUAGACCUGUCAGGACCCCCAGAGUGCUCAUCCGACCUUCACUCUGGCCUCGUCCCUGCUGACAGCUGUUCCGACGAGGAGCCCGCGGAAAUUCUGGAAUUCCCGUCUGAGGAGGGCCAGGAGGCGGCCGCCGGCCUGGGAGGGGAGGGCAGGGCUCCCAGGGCAAGGCCGGAAGGUAAACGGGCCUCGGGUUUGUUCCGAUUCUGGCUCCCGAGCGUCGGCUUCUCUUCCUCCGUGGCCGAGGCGAGCCCCGAUGCCUUCGUGGAAGCCCCGAGCGCGGCCCCGGUGCAGACCCAGCCCGCGGCGCGGCCGCCUCCCUCCCAGGAGAAGGGGGGCUGGUUCCGAUUCCCCAAGUUGGGGUUCUCCUCCUCCCCUGCCAAGAAAAGCAAAAGUGCAGAAGAAGAGGCGAGUCCGACCGAGCAAACUCCCCAAGACGAGGCAGGUACCUUCUAUGACGCCCAAGAAAGCUUCUCCCCCGAAGAGCGGGGCGCCGGGGAGCGGGCCCCGGGGAGCAUGGUGGCCUCGGCGGCGAGAACCGAGCUCAUCCUGCUGGAGCCCGACGGGGCCGCCCGCCAGCCGUCCGCGCCCAGGCCCGCCAGCAAGUGAGCACCGGCUGGCGGAGUCCUCCGGGGAGGCCCCGCCGCUCGCAGUCCCGACCCCGCGUCCACCCCGCUCCCAGAGUAGGCCCCACGCCAGCCGCCGGACCCCUCCCACGUGGGGCCGGGGGGCGGGGGCCGUGCCGGCUGCUGGGGUGCUGUCUCCAUUACCCAUGCUUCCAGAGACCCAUCCCUGCAGAGCCCCUCGACGGAGGCUUGCUAAUGUCCGCGGGUGCAGACGUCGGGUUGCUAAAGUCUGGUGCAUCCCAGUGCCCGUGCAGCCCCGCGCGUGGUCCCUGAGCCCCCACCCCCCCCGCAGUGUACACAAUGCAGCCAGGCUGUGGGCGGAGCCUCCUCGGCUGUCCCCUGGACGGGCAAUAAAGGACAAGAUGCAUCCCA